CGAACGAAUCUAUCGUGAUGACAAUUUUAAGUGGUGACAGCCGCGUAUGUACUUCUCAGCCUUACAGUAAUAUCGUAUACGUUUUUAGUGACACGAAAUAUAAUUUUCCUAGUGUGUGAUUUAUUUCGUAAGCAGCAUAUGGAAUAUUAAUCGUGCGUAAGAAACACGCCUACCUCGAUCGGAAGUAGCUAUUCGGAGAGAAUGAUGCCUUCGAGCCAUGUAAGUGAAAUGCUCUCCGAGAAAAUGGUUAGAAAAUCGAGCACUGCGGCGAACGUUUCCCCGCGGGAAAAUCGAAAGUAAUUUGGCUGAUCGAAAGGUCGAUUUUCCGAUCGGCGGAAGUUUCGCGAGUAAAGGGGACGAGAAAUUUUUUCGAUGGUUCUUCGUGGUUUGCUGGCACCAGCGGCGGCGCGAUGGACACGAAAUAAAACGACGAAAAGGGGUCAGGAGAAGCAGGCAGCUGGACAAUUAGGAUUAUCACGUUAUGGACCGCAGGUGAUGAGCGUAUUGUGUUUAUGCACCACGGUACACCAGACCGCUCAGAACAACAGCCAGGCCAGCAAGAUACUUCCGAGCACACCGCCGAUCUCAUCUGAGGAAGAGAGGAUAAACUCGUCGCAGGAAAUACCCACCGACGAGCUGGCUCUAUUAGCUAAGCUGGAGGAAGCCAAUAGGCUUAUCGAAUCGGAUGCAAAGUCGUUGAACUCGCUCCAAAGUAAUCACAGUAGGAAAGGUUCCGACACAUCUCAGGUGUCCGUGGCGUCGGGAGGCAGCGGAGGAAACGGCGAUGCUGCACCCCGACGCCACAAUUCAGCUGAUGGUGAAGAGAAUACGUGGACCCUAUGGGGUCACAUCGUCGCUGAUUGGGAUUAUCAUUGGAAGAAGAGGAAAGAGUUCGUCAAAGAAUUAGUACGCCAGGGAAUACCUCAUCAUUUUAGAGGUAUUGUUUGGCAAUUAUUAAGUGGUGCUCAUGACUCUCCUGUGAAAAAGCAAUUCGCCGAGUAUAUCAAGGCUACGUCAGCAUGCGAAAGGAUAAUCAGGAGGGAUAUAGCCAGAACGUAUCCUGAGCAUGAUUUCUUUAAGGAGAAAGACGGUCUUGGUCAGGAGAGUCUAUUUAACGUUAUGAAAGCGUACAGUCUUCAUGAUCGUGAAGUGGGAUACUGUCAAGGUUCGGGAUUUAUUGUAGGAUUACUCCUUAUGCAGCAAAUGCCAGAGGAAGAAGCUUUCGCUGUACUGGUAGCGCUUAUGCAAGAGUAUCGUUUGCGAGACAUGUUCAAGCCGAGUAUGGCUGAAUUAGGGGUGUGCAUGUAUCAGCUAGAACAUUUAGUUGCUGACACGCAUCCCGAGUUACACGCUCAUUUUACGGCUCAAGGUUUUCACACGUCGAUGUACGCAUCGUCUUGGUUUCUUACGCUUUUUACCACAGCGCUCAGCCUACCGCUGGCCUGCCGCAUUUUUGACGUGUUUCUGUCCGAAGGCAUGGAAAUUAUUUUCAAAGUUGCGUUGGCCAUGCUGCACUUAGGCAAGGAAGAUUUGUUAAGCUUGGACAUGGAAGGCAUGUUGAAGUUCUUUCAGAAACAAUUACCUGGAAGAGCCGAGAAAGAUCCUGAUGGCCUCAUGAAUCUUGCUUAUAGUAUGAAAAUAAAUCCAAAGAGAAUGAAGAAACUCGAGAAAGAUUAUACCGUCUUGAAAAUGAAAGAGCAAGAAGAAAUGGUCGAGCUACGUAGGCUUAGAGCCGAGAAUAGGUUACUUAGGCAAAGAACUGAACUCUUAGAAGCCGAGUCCGCGGAACUGGCAGACAGAUUAGUCAGAGGUCAAGUUUCUCGAGCAGAAGAGGAGGAAACUGCUUUUGUUGUACAAAGAGAAUUAGCAGCUCUUCGACACACGCAUCUUGAAACCAGCCAUCAGCUUGAACAAGCUCAUGAAGAAUUAAGAUCGUUGUCGCUUCUGCUAGAAGAAAAUGUCACGUCGAAACAAUCUUCUCUAGAUGAAAUUUUGUCAAAGCAGGAAGCAUUGUCGCAAAAGGAGGAAAUGAUACAAUGUUUGCAAGAGGAAUUAGUGAGAGUUCGACUACACGAGGCUGAGAACGAUGCAACGAUAAGGGAACUUAGAGCAAGGAUACAAGAAUUGGAACAAGAUAAAAAGACGUUGCGCGAAUCAACGCCAGAUAAUUCUGUUGCUCAUUUGCAAGAAGAACUGAUUGCCGUAAAGCUAAGAGAAGCAGAAGCUAAUCUCUCUUUGAAGGAUCUUCGGCAAAGAGUAAUGGAAUUGAGUAGUGCUUGGCAAAGACAUCUACAGGAGCAUCGUUCCGCUCAGGCUCAACCUGCAAGCGAUUCCACACCGAAGAAGCUUCUGUUUUGGGAGAAUCGAGGACAUGAAGUGCAAAAAUUUGAAGAAGAUUUAAUGACAACCAGAAUUCGAGAGAUGGAAGCCUUGACAGAAGUGAAGGAGCUUAGACUCAAGGUCAUGGAACUUGAAACGCAAGUGCAAGUCGCCACAAAUCAACUUCGUCGACAAGAUGAAGGAGGGAAAGUAAUUAAAGAAGAAUUAGAGACUGCCUUAGCUAGGGAGAAGGAACUUACUGCCAAAUUGCGGGAGCAACAACAUAAAUAUUCCGAUUUGGAGUCUAAAAUGAAGGAUGAAGCCAUGAUGGCUAGGAUACGCGAUGCAGAGCAUGCGCAACAAGUGGCAGAACUCACUCAGAAGAUAUCUCUUCUUGAAUUAAAAAAUGAAGAGAUGCACGCAGAAGGUGAGCUUAGGAAUAAUUUAGAUGACAGUGAAAGAGUCAGAGAAUUGCAGGAUAAAGUUGCAGAAUUAAAAGCUGAGGUCAUGAGGCUAGAAAGUUGGAAGCAACGUUGGACAGGCCAUGGUGGGCAAAAUGUAAGAAGUUUCAGUGUUGACACUGAAAGCGAGCUGGACGAGCGGGAUCUCAGAAUUUGUUUACAGGAUCAUAUCAAUGCGACUGCACAGAACUCACCAGAGAUAUUUCACCAAGGAAAUCGAAACACGUUUCUUUCGUCUAUUAAGAAUAAGGAGAGUUAAUAGGAAUAAUUUCAAUACUGCCUGAUAUUCGAAACCGAGUGGAUUAAACCGUAUAAAUGGCUAAUGAAAAGUGUCCAUUAAAGAAUAACCAAAAUUCUCUCACGUCGCUUCUGCGGAUAUAGGUGUGCGAUUAUCUGAAAAUCAAUUUUUGCGAGUAUUGCAUUUUCUUAAUUUUAAGCUUGUUUUAACAAUGAAAACAGAAUAAUAAUAAUAAUAAUAAUAAUAGUAAUAGUAAUAACAUGCAAAAUAAGAAAGAAAUAACAAUUAAUUGUAUUUAACUGGAAAAUCGUGAAAAAAUACAAAAAAAAAAAUGUAUAAAGGAUAGCUAUAGCUCUUUUAAAAAGCUAUAAAAUUAUAGAACUGACUUAUACGUAUGUAAGCACUUUAGUAUUUAUUUUAAACAAUUGACCAGUAAAUGCAUUUAAAAAAAAAUAGUUUGCUUUUAUAUUACUUUUAUAUUGAGAGGACAAAGAAUUUAUUUAUUUAUUCGUUUUUUUGUGAGUAUUGAUUGAAAUUAAUACGAAGCAAUUUACGGAGAUAAUUUAAUGAGCUAUCAGUAUGGAUCAAUCGUUCCCCUGUGAGUUCUCGAGUGAUUUAUUUGAAAAAAAUUUGAUACUAAGAACUUCUAUAUGUAAAUUCUUCAACUGAGUACGAAUCAUGUAAUUUAUUUAUAUUUAGUGAAGUUGUUUUAAAUAUAUCAUUAUGUUAUUCAGUA